AUGCACAAGACUAUUGUGAACUUAAAGAUACUUUUCAAAAAUCCAAGACAUAUUCUUACAAGCCAUCGGCAUUAGACAUUCUAACAAAAAAAAUAUCAUUAUUUUUAUUAGACUAUUUUAAAGAAAUUUACAAAAAUCGUGGAAAAACUACCUUAAAAGAGACCGUUGAUUCAAGAUGCCUUUCAACAGAAUAUAGUGUUAAUAUAGUCCCAUUACCAGAUUCUUAUGCAACUCUGAUAGAAGAAGAAAAUGAGGCGGUGGAAGAAGUAGAAGCAAAUAGGAGUCAAGAAGUGCAUACAGAAUUUAUAAAUACACUUAGUCACGUUAAUACUUGGUAA